UUUCGUGUGUUGCUGCUUUUUCUUCGGCGAAGUCUCAGCGAUACGAACGGGCGUCCAUUUUGCAUCGCCAUAUUGAAAUUGGUCGGACAUCUUUGGACGCCAUGUUUAGUCGGACAUAUUUUAUAAACAUUUUCGCGUAAAUUUCAAAUAUUUUUGAGCACUAAUUAUCGAACUUUUUUUCACUGAAGUGUGUGACAUAGUUUGCAGUGAAAAUUGUCUGGAAAAAAACUUUGCCUACGCAGUAGUCCAUAUUUGUCUCCAGGGGGCCGUGCAGCUUUUGUUAUAAGCUAAAUAAAGUUAGGCUGGCCUCAAAAUGAUGAAUCAAGAGAUAAUGUGUGAAGUGGAAAUAGGCACUCAUGGUGGGAUGGUAGAAAUAGAUGGAGAUGAACAAGUUGGUGUAAAGUAUGAGGAAAUAGAAACGGGUCAAUAUGAGGAGUAUAUAACAGAUGAUCAGUACGAAGAGGUUGAGGAACAGGUCAUCGGUAUGCAACAUUUAGAGGAAGACUAUAAAAUUUCAGUAGGCAGCGAGGAAGUGAUUCUACCCGGUAUGCCAGGGGAGGAAAUGCUCCAACACCACACAGAGAACGCGUAUGACGCAGGCUAUCCCGCGCCAGCUUCCACGAGCAGAAGAGGUCGCGGCCGACCCCGAGUUAACGCGAACAACACGAGUAACAUACAUCAUUUAAUGCCUAUGGGCGAAGUGCCCAUGGGUCUGAUGGAAGGUAACACUGGCAGGGCAGCGAGACGAUGGGAACAAAAACAGGUGCAAAUAAAGACUAUGGAGGGGGAGUUUUCGGUCACAAUGUGGGCUACGGGGGAGGACGAUGAUGACGGAUCCAACCCAGAACCGGACCCCGACUACACGGAGUAUAUGACAGGAAAGAAAAAUGUAUUGGGAAACGAAACGAUGCCUGGUUUAGACCUAUCUGAUCCGAAGCAGCUGGCGGAGUUCGCGCGUCCGGGACACAAGAUAAGAUUAAAGAAACCGUCUCCGGAAUCUUCAGAUAGAACUAUAGCGUGUCCACAUAAGGGCUGCUCGAAGAUGUUUCGCGACAACUCCGCCAUGAGGAAGCAUCUGCACACGCACGGGCCGCGCGUGCACGUGUGCGCGGAGUGCGGUAAAGCGUUCGUAGAGAGUUCAAAGUUAAAACGACAUCAGCUCGUCCACACGGGGGAGAAGCCAUUCCAGUGCACGUUCGAAGGGUGCGGGAAGAGGUUCUCGCUCGACUUUAAUUUAAGAACACACGUCCGAAUCCACACCGGAGACAGACCGUAUGUCUGUCCGUUCGACAGCUGCAACAAGAAAUUCGCACAGAGUACCAACCUCAAGUCGCACAUACUAACACACGCCAAAGCUAAAUCAAGAAACUCACUCUCCCGUAACGGUGGUGGUGCCUAUGAAUCAGCAAGAACAACACCUCAAUUCGUUCAGCUCGAAGUAUCCCCGGACGACUCUAAUCCACAACUGAUUUUCUACACCCACGAGUGAUGUGACAUAUAACGUGAAUGUUAUAUGCGGAUUAAGUGAAGUGAUAAAUAGAGUGAAUAAGUGUACAGUGAUUUAAAAACAAUGUGAUGAACUGAGUUAUAUAUGUACAGUCUUAUAUUAAGUUCAUAGCUAGGUGUAUAUUAUAUAAGGAGGAAAUUUUUCAUCCAGAGUUUGGAAUAAAUAGAUAUCAAACUAUACUAUAUUCCAAGAGGCGUAAAGAUGAACAAACCUUAUUUGAAUGUUCCAUGCGGUUUGUUAAUGGCUCUGCCAUAUUAUGCACAACAAACAGUUUUUAAUAUAUUUCUAUUUAUGAUACAAUAUGAUUCCAAUUUAAUUUUACAACCAAAAAUCUGUUAACAAUUACACACAUGUUCAAAACACCAUUUCUCAUGAAUUCAUAUAGAAUAGAUCUCAAGCAAUGAUGUAAUGUCGACUUAUGGUCAAAGUAGUUUGUUUAUCUUUACUCCUCCCUUUGUAUUGGGCUAUAGAUUUGCAGUUUUGUAGACAUAAAAUCAGUCCUUUCAUCUUUUUUUUUUUUUUUUAAAUCCAUACUACAAUAACAAUUGUUGCAUUCUAAUACUAAAAUAUGUAUACUUCUAUGAGAAAAAAAAUAAUUAGAAAAAAAAGGUAUAGAUUUUUUUUUUUUUUUUUGGUUAGAAUUAUAGACUACAGUGUUUUGAUUCGAAGAUAUCACACUGAAGUUUGUUGAUUUAAAAAAUAAACAAUUCUCGUUUAAUGUUAUUAAAUGAUAAAAUAUCUCAUAUAGUAAAAACAGUGAUUUAAAUUAUAACUUUAAUUGUUUUUUUUUUAACUUGGUAGGUGUUGCCAUGUGAAAUAUCUAACACCGUGCAUAAUAACUUCCUACAAAUUACGCUUUUAUAUGGUAACACUAAUACAUUUUAAUGUAAUUUUGUAGUUGUAGAACAUUUGUAAAAUCAUGCAUACAUAGAAAUUUAAUUAAAUAAGGUAAUACAUAGGUAUUAUUUCGUUAAAACAAUGUCAAUUUAACUGGAAACAAGUGUAUUGAAUGUGGUAAAAAAUUCUGCAGUUUGGGUCAAAUCCGGACCAGAUUGGUACAAGACCAAGGCUUGUAGAGAUAGUCUAAACCGAACAGUGGGCUAUUGAGGAUGAUGGGUAAAUCUCUUUUAUCAAGCCAGGUUGUACAAAGUUUAAGGAAAUUAGUCAAUUCAUUUAUAUAAGUUACUACUUACAAGCUUAGCAACGUCAGAUCCAAUGAUGUUUUGCCACAAACUUGCCUAAACUGAAGUUAAAUCCAGGAUGUCAUGGUUGGCAAUCAUUAAGAUUAUCUGUUAGACCAAUGAGGCAGAUCAAUUACGGGAGUAGGAACUGAUACAAUGCCAAAAUAUUUGUUGAUCAAUUAUUAAAAUUAAAGUCUCAGAAAUUGGCAAUAUUAUCGUAAUGUUAUAAUAAUGUUUUCAUAUAUAAAUAGACUUAUAUCCCGAUACGAUAUUCAAGGGUCUUGCUCACGAAUAGUAGAAUUGUUUACGAAGCAUUAUUGUAAAAAAUCAUUGGCUUGCAAUGUAUGGAUCAAAGGGCUAGUAAUAAUGGAUAGCAGGAUAAAUGUAUGAAUAUUACAGACACCAGUGUAUGUAUAAAAAAAUUAAUUCUACUAUCAGUAAGCAAAUUUUUUUUUAAUACACAAAAAAAGUUUAAUGCAAUAAUAUUUUUAAAUUUAUCGUUAGUAUUACCAAGAAUAAUAUAGUUACUAAAUAUUAUAAGUAAUUUUUUUUUUUUUAAUUCAAAAUACGUUCAUCAAAUGUAUGCAUGAUUUUACUCGUUUAUUUGUAAAUAAUGUAUAGAUAUGCCAAAAAGAUGUUUGUAAUAUAGAUUUUAUAUAUAAAUAUUUUCUAUUGGACGUCUGAGGGUUCUCCUGGGGAGGGGAUUUAUAUGGUAUAUAUUCUUUUAUAUCUUAGCCUGUUAAUCUGUUUCAAAUAAUAAUAAUAAUAUUUUUUAUCAAACUAAAAAUUAAACAUCAUAAUGCUUAUUAGCCUCGGCCUUAUCGGUUUAAAUAAGCCAAUAUAAAUUAAAUGUGAUCUAAAUUUAAAUUAAUGGUUCGAUAAUCGAGCACUUCAUAGUGUCCCAUUAAUGAUAGCAAUAUGUAUAUGUCCAAGGGUUUAUGUGAAAUUUUAUUUGAUCAUCAUUAGUGACUUGGAUGAAGUUUCUAUUAUAUACAACACAUUACUUACACAAAUUACAAUAAAAUUAAAAAAAUAUAUACAUUAAUGUCUAAAAUAACACACCGUGUGUGAUUGUUAAUGUUCUAUAAAACCAGUGGGAUAAACGCCUAUGUAUAUUUGACCAUGAUUGAAGAACAAAACAACAAAAGAUCUCAAGUGCCUUCACCAAAAGACCAUUUCUCUUGUGGAAAUCCUUGUUGUUAAGGGACGGUUAGUAUUUCUUACUGUGCCAAUGUGUUCGGGUAGAGUUGACCACUUAACACCAGGUGGGCCAUAUUCCAUUCUGCCUAUGUAUUAAAUAAUAAUAAAUAAGAAGAUAAGACUGAAGUCUCCAAGUAUUUUAAUAAGAGCUGUGGUACUCGUACUUCACUGCCUUACACUGGAUCUAUAUACAUAAUAUUAAAUGAGCCAUUGAUUUAACAUUAUAUGUUUAACAUGCUAAGAUAUAAAUAGAUAUAUUUUAUGUUUUUAAUAUAAUUUAUAAAGAAUGUAAACAAAUUGAAAAUUUACAGUUUUUUUUAACAGUUUUGGUUAGUUAAAAGUACACUGAUUUCUCUCUUUGUGACUUCAUUGAUUGACACACAAAAACAGUAUCGGUUAACAAAUUAUACAGGAGAGAAUAAUUUAUUUACAUUUUUUAUAAAUUAAUGAAAACAAAAUGAAGAUGAUGGUCAAGAUCUAGCCGGUACAUACAUAAGUGUGCAGAUAGUAUAUUAUAUAAUAAGUGUUUUCAUCUUUUGUUGGAGUAAGUUUAAAAUGACUGAUAAAAAUAAUGUUCUUUUUUUU